GUUGUUGCUGUUUUGUCUGACGGGCUCUAUCUCCGCGCGCGCGCACCUCCACCACACAACAUCCUCACACUGACGUCCUCGCGGUAGACACAAAUGGCGGCGGUCGCGACCAUCCUCUGCGGCGGCGCCGUCGCCGGCCACCAGCGGUCACGCCGCCGCGCAGCCCCGUCGCUCCAUGUCAGAGGCGGCUCCGCCUCGGACGCCGCCCACCUUGUCUGCGGUAGGAAGCUCCGCCCGGCGCUGUUCCCCGCUUCCUCCUUCGGCGCCCUGCCCCUGUCUUCUCCGGGGAGUAGGAAGCUCCUCCGGACGUCGGCUUCCGCGGCCACCCCCUCAUCCGACUCCCAGGGCCAAGCAAAGCCCAUCGGGUUUUUGGAGAGGUACCCGGCUCUUGUCACUGGUUUCUUCUUCUUCAUGUGGUAUUUUUUGAAUGUGAUAUUUAACAUCCUCAACAAGAAGAUCUUUGAUUACUUCCCCUAUCCAUACUUUGUGUCGGUGACCCAUCUUUCUGUUGGAGUCUUGUACUGCCUUAUCAGCUGGAGCACCGGUCUCCUAAAGCGUGCGCCGAUGAAUUCGACGCUUCUGAAGCUGCUGCUGCCAGUUGCAAUUUGCCAUGCCAUCGGUCAUGUAACGAGCACUGUGUCUUUUGCUGCUGUAUCGGUCUCAUUUGCCCACACCAUUAAAGCUCUCGAGCCGUUCUUCAAUGCCGCUGCUUCACAGUUUAUUCUCGGGCAGCAAGUUCCCUUCACAUUGUGGUUAUCUCUGGCUCCAGUUGUGAUAGGUGUAUCAAUCGCAUCUCUCACUGAACUCUCAUUCAACUGGACUGGUUUCAUCAAUGCCAUGAUUUCUAAUAUCUCAUUCACCUACCGUAGCAUUUAUUCGAAGAAAGCUAUGACUGACAUGGAUAGCACCAAUCUGUAUGCCUAUAUCUCUAUAAUUGCUCUCAUCGUCUGCAUUCCUCCAGCACUCAUUAUUGAAGGACCUCAACUAGUGCAGCAUGGAUUUAAAGAUGCAAUUGCCAAAGUUGGAUUAGCAAAAUUAGUUUCCAAUAUUUUCUUGGCAGGCUUGUUCUAUCACCUUUAUAACCAGGUUGCAACAAACACAUUGCAGCGAGUGGCCCCUCUAACACAUGCCGUCGGCAACGUGUUGAAACGUGUCUUUGUCAUCGGCUUCUCAAUCAUCAUUUUCGGUAUCACUAAAAUCUGUUGUUUCUUAAAGAUCGAUACAUAUGUCUGGCUCUUGUUUUUUUGUACUAGUGUACUCUUGUCACAUAAUACUUUUUGGAAUGCUGAGCAGGCAACAAGAUCACCACACAAACUGGAAUUGGCACAGCCAUUGCUAUUUCUGGUGUUGCCCUAUACUCAGUUAUCAAGGCUAAGAUUGAGGAGAAAAAGGAAGGUGUGGCGGCGGCGGCUCCUUGAAGAUGGAAUAAGGUCCUCUCCGCCUAGCCCCCGUCCUGACAGUGCGUCUUGCGUUGUUGGAGGGCAUGUGGAUGUGUGUCUUCGGCGGACUGCUUGGGAUUCAGUCGGUAUUGGUCUUUGCUGAAUCUCCGUUGAUCCAGUGUUUGUCCGUGUGUGUACAAGUUGUACCUUCCGAUCUGUGGUUCUCUUCAUCGUCGAUGGUUGAUGUUCUGGUGCCUUGGUCGUGUGGGGUCUUAGCAUAGCAUGAUGACUUCCCGACUAUAUUUAGUACAACAAGUUUUGCCCGGCCCGUUGAGGGAGAGGCGAUGACAGAGGUGUGCUUUCGGCUCACUCCAGUGCUUUAGUCGGCGCUAGGUUGUCUAUGAAACUAGAUGUAAUUUUUAUUAUUUUUAGUGUUCUUUGUACUGCCAUGAUAGAUAAUGCAUAGAUCAAUUUUUUUAA